GUUUGUUGGAUAAUGGCCCAAUAUUUUACUAUGUACUAUUGGUUAUAGACUGUAUGACUAGAUAUAAAGAUUUCGUUUUUUUAACAUCAAAAAGUAGUGAAGAAGUCGCAAAAGCAUUUAAGAGUAUAUAUGAUAAUCCUGACAAUCCUCUUAACUGGGCUCGGCUAUUGCAAUGUGACGAAG